AUUCAACAUACUCCGGUUGGAAAUACUUUUUAUUUAUCAUUUUAAAAAAAUCUAUACUUUUAAAAUAUUGUCUAGUUAAGACUCCAACAAAGACAGUCUGUUGUUGUAAUUUUUAACUUUUUCGCAACAAUGAAGAGAGGACGUGGUGGUUCCGGUGGUAACAAAUUGCGCGUUACUUUGGGUUUGCCAGUUGGAGCUUUAAUCAACUGCUGCGACAACAGUGGUGGUAAGAAUUUAUACAUUAUCGCUGUCAAGGGUAUUGGAGCAUGUCUAAAUCGCUUACCAGCCGCCUCAGUUGGCGAUAUGGUCUUGGCCACCGUCAAAAAGGGAAGGCCUGACUUGAGAAAGAAGGUCUUGCCCGCAGUCAUUGUUCGCCAGAGAAAGGCCUGGAGACGCAGAGAAGGAUACUUUAUAUAUUUCGAGGAUAAUGCCGGUGUCAUUGUCAACCCCAAGGGUGAAAUGAAGGGAUCUGCCAUCACUGGUCCAGUUGCUAAGGAAUGCGCAGAAUUGUGGCCCAAAAUCUCAGCUGCUGCACCAUCUAUUGUUUAAUUCGUUUUGGAUUACGUUUAUACUAUAAAAAUAUAAAGGUAAAUCAGCAUAUUAUGGAACGAGUAUUCGGGUGGCGAUUGCUACUGUCUUACGUGAGGAACAUGAUGUAGAAUAUCGUGAAUGCUACAAAUAAAAAGAAAACCUAAAGUUUGUGUCAUAAGAGCCGAGGAAACAAACCUUUAAGACCAAUGUGCGAUUAGAGGAGAUGCGAUUGUAAUACUUGACAAGUUCGUUACGAGCUAUGAAAAAAGUGACUUUGGUAGAAAAGCAUCAAGAUACCUGUUUUGAUGUUAUCUAGAGAAAUGUCUGUGUCCGCAUCGAUUCUCUUGAUCAUUUCGUCCUGCUGUACUACAUAGGUUGUUACUCUCUGGAAUAUCUGGGUUAAAUCCCCAAUGGCUCUCUGGACGUUGGCCAAAGCUUCCGCCUUUGCAUCGGCUAUUAGAGAAACCGAU